AUGGAAUUUCAAGCCAUCAAACCGUCAAGUUUUUAUGGCAAAGCUUUUAAAAAUUUAAACAGCGCUCUUGAUUUUGUGGAAAAUUAUGAUCACGAACAUUUCGAUAUAGCGAUUAUUCCACCAGAUCCAGACUAUAACACAGAUGAAGAGGAAGGGAAUGCUGAUGAUAUUCUUUUUGAUCGCAUGCCAAAUGAUAUACCAGGUGAAGUCGAAGUAUUUUUCGGCAGUGAUAGCGAAGAUGAUAUACCACUUGAGCAGUUGCGACAGACAAUGAUGUCUUCAAAAUCAAAUAAAAUAGUUCCUAAAUGGACAAGAAGACCUUGUGAUAUGGAAAUGCAUCGAACCAAUACUUUUUCGGAAAAUGAGCUCAAUAUGAUCGCAAAAUUGGAUGGAAAAUCGUCAGUUGAGGUUUUUGAAGUCUUAUUUGAUGAAAAAGUCGUUAAUUUAAUCGUUGAGCAAACGUGCAUUUAUGCGUCACAAGCUAAUGAGCACAAUUUCUUCUUCAACGCAGACGACUUGAAAGUAUUCAUCGGAAUUUUGCUGUACAGUGGUUAUCACUCAAUGCCUAGAGAGGAUAUGUAUUGGCAGCUUUGCGAAGACACGCACACCCCGCUUGUUUCCCAAAAUAUGUCGCGAAAUAGAUUUAGAGAAAUAAAACGUUUUAUUCAUUUAUCUGAUAACACCAAAUUAGACGCUACUGACAAAAUGGCCAAAGUGAGACCCUUGUCAAAACUUCUUUCAAAGAAUUUUUGCCAGUAUGGUUAUAUGCAUGAAAAGCUGUCAGUUGAUGAAUCCAUGGUGCAAUACUUUGGUAGUCAUUCUUCUAAACAAUUCAUCAGAGGUAAACCAGUGAGAUUUGGUUUUAAGAAUUGGAUGCUAACAAGCAGCUCCGGUUAUUUAUACCAGUUCGAUACGUACUGUGGAGCCAAAGGUAUAUCCUCCAACUAA